CUCAAGACCUUGAUGGCGGACUGAACGGCUCCGGCUUUCCGGAGAAGUUCAAACAGCGAUAUAGAUUCUCAAAGACCCGUCUUUUAAAGUCCAAGAUAUUUUUUUGUUGUUGUUGUAGCGAUGGAUUGUUAUCUGAAGUGAUGAUUAAGGACUUGAUAGAAGAUGGACGACUACCGCUAUGCUAAGAUGGCGACGUCAUGUCAAAGAGAAAGUGAAAGGGAAUCAGCGCCACCAACUUCCAGCAAAUCACCGACGGAGAUGAAGAUGAAAACCGAAGAUGAAGGUAUCCAGCAGCUGAUUGGUCAUCCAGAAGAACCUUCACCUCGUCUACAUAGGGUGAACAUUACUCUGAAGCAGGAAGCGUCACAGCCCCCGCACAUUAAAGAGGAAGAGGAGGAACUCUGGAUAACUCAGAAGGGAGACAUAAAGGAAGAAGGGGAACGCCGGAUCACUAAGCAGGGAGACAUUAAAAAGGAAGACGGGGAACUCUCGAUCACUCAGAAGGGAGACCGUCCUUUAGGGUCGGAGGAAGCUGAUCUCACCAAAUUGCCACUGAGUAUUCUCUCUGUGAAGACUGAAGAAGAUGAAGAGAAACCACAAGUCGACAACCUCUUAGCUCCACUAUCAGAUAGUGAGGCUGACGAAGAGGUUGACGAACCUUUGAGCAGCGAUACAGACUGUGAAGAUGACGUGUGGACUCACUCUGAGAACAAACACUCCGACUGCUCUAAAAAGAAGACCGGUAGGACAUGUUUGACCUGCUCAGUUUGUGGCAAAAUAUGUGCUAAAAAGAGACGUUUGACUGAACACAUGAGAACGCACACAGGUGAAAAACCAUUUCAUUGUUCAGUUUGCGGUAAAAGCUUCUCUCAAAAGAGCAGUUUGACUCAACACAUUAGAACACACACAGGUGAAAAACCAUUCAAUUGUUCAGUGUGUGGGAAAAGCUUCUAUCUACAAAAACCUUUGACCGUACACAUGAGAACCCAUACAGGAGAGAGACCAUUUAAUUGUUCUCUGUGUUGUAAAACCUUUUCUCAAAGGGGCCAUUUGGCUGGACACAUGAGAACUCACACUGGAGAAAAACCAUUUAAUUGUUCAGUUUGUGGUAAAAGCUUUUCUCAAAAGAACAAUUUAAUUGUACACCUGAGAUUACAUACGGGAGAAAGACCAUUUCGUUGCUCAGUUUGUAACGAAAGCUUCCUUAACAGACGCGGUUUGACUCGACACAUAAUGAAACACAAGGCAGAAAAAACACAAUGUUUGUGAAACAUACUAACACCAAUCUAGUAAGACCCAUGGCAAAUCACACUAAAGAAAAAUUAUAUUUACAACUGCAAAUAAGUGAAGUGAAGUGAAUUAUAUUUAUAUAGCGCUUUUUCUCCAGUGACUCAAAGCGCUUUACAUAGUGAAACCCAAUAUCUAAUUUUAGUCAACCAAACUAUCUGUAAAGUAGUUGCCCACGUUACAUGUUCUGUUUGUACACAUGCUAGCGAGAUUGUGCAUUGCGGUGAUAUCAAGCACUAAUUCAAAUUUAGAUCCGAUCUCCACGAUUUAACAUAAUUUGAUUGGUGUAUUAUUUGAGGAACAUUUGAACCUCAGUACAGAGGCAUUUGUUUGUACACAUGGUAGCGAGAUUGUGCAUCGCGGUGAUAUCAAUCACCAAUUAAUAUUUCGAUCUGAUCUCCACGAUUUCAAAUAAUGUUAUGUAUUAUUUGAGGAAGAUUUGAACCUCGGUACAGAGGCAUCACUUUAAACAACAUCAGGCGGAAUUUGGAUGAUAAACCGCUCACUGCUGGAUUUUAGUGCUGCUUUUGGACAUUUGACUAAAUAGCAUUAUUACCUGCAUUGUUUGCAUGUUAGUCCUUCACAAUAAAUCAAAGAAGUGUAAUUUCACUUGUUAUAAGUCUGCUAAAAAGUGAUGAUUUGCUGUGUGUUUUUAAUUCCAGAUUCCCUCAUGAGUUAGUGAUGCUAAGAACAGCAGUAAUACAGACAUAUGCAUUCUCAUUAUUGUUAUUUUAUCAUCAAGUACUCAGUUUUUUACCAAACGUUGGGCAACUAUAGCCCAGAGUAUGUAGUAUUCAUCUGAGACAGUGUUAGCCUUUUUUAUGUGAAGAUAUUCUUUUUCUAACUAGGAAUUUAAGUAAAAUAAGUGAAAAUAGUUUUCCCUCAACAGGAUCAUUUUAAAUAUAAAAAGAAAAAAUGAGGGGUGAGGCAGUGUACAUAAUGUAAGUGUACAAAAGUAUAUAAUGAUAAUACAACUCGAAUUGUAGAAAUAUAUAUUUUUGCCGUUUACAGCUCACAUAAAGAGGAAGAUGCAAUAUCUGUGAUAAAAACAUUCAGCAGCAACACAAGCAAUCUAUUUGGGAUUAGAUUACAAUUUGUUGUAUUGUGUACAAUAAUUAUUUUUAUAUAUGUAAAAUAAACAUUAAAAGUUGUUAAAUAGACA